AUGAUUGAUCGCUAUACGAGCAAUAGACCGCUGAAAACAGUCUGCUUCGCUCGUAUUCCCAUACAUUUGGGGCUUUCAGAUGGUAUCUUGGAGCUUAUACAGAAUAUUCAAGAGAAGCUGGGUACUCUCUUGUUCCCAACGCUACCAGCGAAGACUCUUCAUCAAUUUGAGAUUGAGCCCAAGUUUCCGAACAUUCACUGCAAUGUUCUAUCCCCUCUACUCCAAAGCCAGGGCAACAGAUGGGAAGCGAAAUACAUUGAGGAAGCUAUAACAUUUCUUCAGGAGACAGAUGAUCCCGAGAUCUUACAAUACUAUCAGGAACACGCUGGUCAAGAUCCACUGAAGACCCUCAUGAUGGAGCGUGCGCUGGAGAAAAGAGGUGGAGUGGCCCACACCUUUGAGACUUUGCCAGAAUCGAUCAAGAACUACCUAUCGCGAAGGGGCUUCACUGAUAGGAAUGAGGUCGAAGCAAUGAUCGCGCCCGGCGCGACGCUCGUGCUCUCCAUUCUGAUGAUUAUGUCAAGUCUCGGCAACGCUACCAGGCAAACACGCAUUGAAUGA